GUUGCUACCAUUACCAGACAUUUCCAUAACUGUUACACUGAGACGGCUUAUCACAAAGCAUGUCCAGGCUUCCCCAUCUGACUGUCUGCCUGGUUGGAGCCCUACUGCUUAUGCCUUUCUGCCGGGCUGAGAGCGACUUUGAAGAAUAUGACACCACAGCACUCUACGAAGACUAUAAUGCCACCUUUGAGUAUAGCUUUUACAGCAACUCGAGCGUUGAUGAUCUGGACAAGUUCCUCUUGGAGGCAGGGGACACAGGAGAUGUGGAGCCAGGCACAGAUGUCACCCCGACAGAGGAAGUGACCGAGGGAGAGGAGGUGGAAACCGUGGAAAUGGAGGACGAGGUGACCAUCACCAAACCCCCAACCUCACGCCAUAUUCCCACAGAUGAGGCGUGCAGGACUAUGUCUCCCUGUAUGCUGGUCGCUCUGGGGCUGAUCUCACACCAGUUGGCCAGACUUCUAUGAUCAAUAUGACCACGACACAGACCCACACACACAUGGAAAUGAUCCUUCAGAAGAGAGAUUAGCAUGGAGGACUCACAGUCACGCACGGACACACACACAUCUUUGGAGGACAGGAAGUGAUGUUCCUGUUGUUCCUGAAACACUCUGAGCCAACUGAGUCCCACACCCCGACCCCCGACAACUCACACACACACACAACGCCCACUUCAUUCCACUCCACUCUACUUCACUCUACUCACAAACAAACUGCCCUAUUCAAGUCCGAGACCUUAGAAAAAAAAGGAAAAAAAAGUCACUUUGUCCAUUCAUGACCCCACACACGUCAUACAGCCUCCCUGAUGUUUGCUUUUUGGGUCAAGGAGCUCCAUGAGUUCACAGCAUUCCUGUGCCAAUCGCUGUCUGACCGGGUGGACGAAGCGUGAGUUAAUUAAAAGGUCCCUGGGCUUCACACGGAGGAGCUGAAGAGGUGACUGGAACACAAAACUGCCCGUGCACCACCACCAGGUCAGGGACCAGGGAAACAGCACGACCUGUGGCGGAAAAGGGGUGGGGAUGAUGCGGUGAAGACUCUUAAUUUCCUGUCCUCAGAGCGGCAAUCUAAAGCCUUUCUGCCAUCAGAUCAGUCAUUUCAUGCUCCUGUGUCAGAUGGUGGCAAGGAUUUAAGACACAUAUUGGUUUAUUAGUGAAUGCAGCCCAGCAACAAGAGAUGUCUCCUUGUACUUGUCGCUGUCUUGCCGUCCAAAAGGUCUCAACAUCCAGAAGAGAUAGUAUCUGUGUGUGUCUGUGUGCCCAUGAAUGCGCGUGCGUGUGUGUAUGCGUGCGUGUUUGUGUGUGUGUGUGUGUGUGUGUGUGUGUGUAUGUGUGCGCGUGUGCGAGCGUGUGUGCGUGCGUGUGUGUGUGUUUGUGUGUGUGUGCGUGCCAUGUUUGUGUGUGUUUUUGCUCACAAACAUAAUUGACAAUUCUGUUCAUACUCAUACUGUAGCAGUUCACAUAGCAUUAUUUAAAAAAGAUGGUCUUUACACCCAAGGGCUCCACAACUCUCCUUCCAAACAAACACCAUUGCACUUCUAUAUAUAUGUUGUCUUUACUUACCCUAUGAAGUUUCUGUUUUACAUGAAUUUUGUAAGUGUUUUGUAUACAGUGUAUAAAUGUAUAAUAAGACUGAGCAGAAAUAUCUUUUACAAAAGAGUGGCAGUCUUUUCAAGCCAAAUGCACAUUUUAAACAAAUUGCGACAGGUUGUUAAGAAAGAUUAUUUCAUUUAGAAUUGUUGUUUAUAAUAUUGAAUGAAUGUUCAAAUAAAUAUUUUCACAUUAA